AUGAGCCAUCGCACUCAGCAAGUGAGCCAACACCUCGCCCAAGGCGGCAGAUUCCCCAACGCUGGGCUGAUCAGGGAUGGUUGGUCCAAGGAGGAUGAAGCUACCGCAACCUGCUACUGUGGCAGUGUCCAGCUCGCCUUUGUGAGGGACUCAUCAAUCUCUCAUUUCAAGCGUCUGCUUUCUGACUCGUCGUUGCACAUCACGUGACUCUGAUAGUCGACAGUCAAGCCAGGAUUGGUGGACACGUUCGUGUGCAACUGCACAGACUGCCGCAAGAUUACCGCCUCCAUGUUCGCCUCCAAUUUUAUCGUCAAGGACACGCAUGUGAAGCACCUGCGCGGCGAGUCGACGCUGCGCCAAUUCGGUCAGUCCGAGACGAUCACAUCGGGCAAGAAGAUGACGAAUCAUUUCUGCGGCAACUGCGGAACGCUCAUGUACCGCGUGGGCCAAGCUUUUCCCGGUGUCAAGAUUCUGCGAAUCGGCACGGUGGACGACUUUGAGCUGCACGAGACCAAGUUGAAACCUCGCAUCGAGCAAUUCACAAAGCAUCGGGUCGCGUGGCUGCAUGGCGCGCAGGGGGUACAGCAGGAGGGUGGGAGCUACUAUGGAUAG